AACUUGCCAUUAUCAAAACCCACUUAACAAAGUGAACCAGAUCCAAAACCAUCUCUUCAAUUCCAAACCAUCAAAAGAGAGCUGCAUCACACACACACAGAGGUGGCAGAUGCUGGCGGCAAUGAGGCGGAACAUGAAGAAGAGCCCACGAGUAGCCGAUGAGACCAUGUUUGGGGUCAGAAAUGGCCCUGAAUCACCCAUUUUUGGAAACGGCAUGGACAGAAGGCGAUCACGGUGGAAGGGUUUUUCGGUAAUUUGCAGUGUCCUUCGAGCCCCUCUCUCCCUUGUCUCAUGCCUUUCCCAGCCUCGCAUCAGUGCGGCUGAUGGAGUGUGGGUGUCCUGUGAGCUGACUCGGGUAUCGGAGAUGAACCACCUCAUGGUGAACGACAGCCUGCGAUACGCCAUCUUGAUGUAG